GAGCUCCCCCCGGUUGAGACUGAGUGCUUGUUGACGUCAGCAAACUUCUCCAGCAGCUGUAGAGGAGCUGAGGAGGAGGAGGAGGAGGAGGAGAGGGAACGAGACUGCUGGAUGUGGACCUCUGACUGUGGAGCGCCGAGGACCGUGGGCUUUUCUUUUUUUCUUCUACGGGACUGUUUGGACUUCUUCUCGUUCCAGCAAGAUGCAGCACUAAUGAGCACCCGUCUGCCUUUAGAUGAGUGAAGCACAACAAAGAAACCCGAACAUCAACAGCCCACAGUAACAGUGGAAUAUAGGCAGAUACUCCGGAGGUACCUCGGAGACGCACAUUUUCCACUAUGAACCGCGCCUUCAACAGGAAAAAAGAUAAAUCAUGGAUGCAUACCCCGGAAGCACUGGCCAAGCACUACAUCCCCUACAAUGCCAAGUUCCUUGGAAACACAGAGGUUGAAGCCCCAAAAGGCACCGAAGUCGUAAAGGAUGCAGUCCGAAAGCUGAAGUUUCAGAGACAUAUCAAGAAGUCAGAGGGACAGAAGACCCCUAAAGUGGAAUUACAGAUCUCCAUUUAUGGUGUAAAGAUACUAGAUCCCAAGACAAAAGAUGUGCAGCAUAACUGUCAGUUACACAGGAUAUCCUUUUGUGCAGAUGACAAAACGGACAAAAGGAUUUUUACUUUUAUCUGCAAAGACUCCGAGUCCAACAAACACCUCUGCUAUGUGUUUGACAGUGAAAAGUGUGCAGAAGAAAUUACUCUAACGAUCGGUCAGGCCUUUGACUUGGCCUACAAAAAGUUCCUGGAGUCUGGAGGCAAAGACGUGGAAACCAGGAAACAGAUUGGAACCCUACAGAAAAGAAUUCAAGAACUGGAAACAGAAAACUCUGAGUUAAAGCAACAGCUUCAAGAUCUUGAAGAGCAGCUGAUGAUAGCUCAUGUGCCGCCACCGCUGCAUAUAAACGCAGCCAAUGAAGCGUACAUGCUGCAGAGGCCCUCCUCUCUCUUCUGGUGUCACAGCAUCUCCUGUCUGGAGAUCUCCUCUGUCACGCUCACUCCUAUGAGCUCGCCUGAGUCCAACUUGUCCAGUGGGCUACUAACUCCUCCGCCUGCCAAACCCUCUCUCCCUGCUCCUAAGCCUACCGAGGGAUGCAGCAUCCCGCGGCCUCGCGCGGGGAGCAUCUGCAUGAAACCCCAGAUGUCUACAGACGUUUUCGACAUGGUUCCCUUCUCCACUGUGACGCCGCUGGAGCCCGUACUGGCCAGCAACGGCUGCCCACCACCACCACCAACCACAUUACCACCAGAUAUAAGGAAAGACCUGUUUGGUGCUGAGCCGUUUGAUCCGUUCACCUGCGGGUCGGCUGACUUUCCUCCAGAUAUCCAGUCAAAGCUGGACGAGAUGCAGCGUCAGAGAUGGAGGGGUUCAAAAUGGGACUAACCUUAGAGGGCACCGUCUUCUCUCUGGACCCGCUAGACAGCCGCUGCUGAUGCCAAGAAGAUGCUCUUUGUCGCGUACUUUUAACUCGUUUGUAUGAAGUGCCAAAAUCCACUCUGAGGUUGAGUCAAGAUGUCACAGUUUUCAUCUUGAGGUUUAUAUGUAUUUGCAUUUAGAUUGUUGUUUUGUUUUUGUUUUUUCGAUAUUUCAAAGGUAAACUUCAGAUCCAUUAUAGAAAUGAACUAUUUUUGUAAAAAAGAGAAGUACUUUUGCUUGCACAGGCGAUGAGAGAUGUAAAUAGUCGAAAAUGUCCAAUGGUACACUUUGUGGCAGAAUUUUCAUAUGAGACAGUUUGUGUGUAUGCAACAUUUGAAGUCUGUAUUGUUAACACAUUCCUGUUUGUAUUGCGG